CUUUUGCUUACUAAAAAGAAUUCGUAAAUUUAUGAAAUCGGAGGGAGGUCGUAAACGGGAUCCGGCAUCGAGCAGCAACAGAGCUCGAGAAGAAGAAUCCAUGGUGGCCAUUUCCCUUUACAGAGGUAACCUCCACAGGGUCCCCGAUAUUCCUCGCCGAUGGCUUAUGCCCACCCACAACAUCUCUAUUAAAGACUUCAAAUCUCUUCUUCACCGUCGUUCAAAAGCCCUCUCUCGCCUCCGUGCCCCCGCCUCUUCUUCUCCGGCCAAACUUUCUACUUCCCCUAACCCUAACCCAAUUACUAAUUCUUUAGUUAAAUCGGAUGGUGAUGGGCCCAGAAAUAAUGGGUCUGCGCCUGAGGUUCCAUUGGAAAGUCAUAGGGUUAGUGUUGGUGGUGAAAGACCUUCUGCGCUUGUCAAGGAGAGGAAGAAGUCGGACAUUGGUGAUAAUUGUAUCGGAAAAUCGGGUGAUGGGUUUGAUUCUUUUAAUGGUUCGAAACCUUGUUUUGCUGAGCAGGGUUCUAAUCCUGUGGAAAAUGGUGGCGCGCAUGCGAAGGAUAAAAAUCCUGCUGUUUCAGAAAACCCUAACACAGAGGCAAACAAGGAGGAGGAUUUGUUAGAUGACAAGGAGGACAGGAAAAGGGAAGUUGAAGAGAAGUUAAAAGUUUUGAAUGAAAAAAAACAUAAUCUUGUUCAAGUGUUAAAACAGAUCUUACAUGUGGAAGAGGAAUUAAAAAGGCGUAGUACUGUGCAAGGGACGGCCAUUCGCCCAUCCGCUCCUCUUCAAGUGGAUGCCUCAGCUGAUACAGGUUCAAUGACCAGACAGCUUGCUUCUAGGGUAGGCUCAGAAGUGAAUGCUAGUGGAUAUAUUGAAGGUGGAGAAGCUGAUGAUCUUUUGAACCAGAAUUUUCUUGCUCGUCAAAUGCUUCGGAAUAGCAGUAUGUCACCUUCUUCAGAGUCCCCUCUUAGAAGGCCUGUUCAUAUCCAACCCAAUAUGGGCUCACAUCCAUCCCGAACAAAUCUUAGCAUUACUGGGAGUCCAUCAUGUCUUCCUCCGGCUGGGCAAUCAGGGCUUCCACCAAACCUGCCUACUGUAUCUGUAUCCGGAACGAACUACGUCGCAUCUUCACCUUCUCCUGCUGCAUCUGGGGGCAGUUCAGUUCUCAGAGAUGCUCGGCAGCCUAGCCCAUGGAAUUAGAGAUCAUCUCUGUAAUUUGCAUUGAUGAGUUCGUUUUGAUUCUCCACUUCCUGGUUCAGCAGAGCAAAGUGAGUUCUAAGACUAGUUUCAUGAUGUAUAGUUAUACUCUUGUGAAAAUUAGGUUUGAUGAUCGAUCUACCCAGCUGUAAGUCGGCCUUGUAACAUCACCCGAUCGAUGGUUUUGUAUUUUUGUUCAGUAUAUCACUUGUGCAAAAUUGGAAAAAAGAAUGAUAAAAGAGUUGACUUUGUAUACGUUAGGAAUUUCAAUGGGACUGAAUGACCUUAAGUCUGAAACACAAUUGCUCAUAUUCAGUUUUGAUUGAAGCUUUAGCCA